GAUGGGGUGGUCUUGGAAAAUAAAAGAAAAAAUCUAGCAGAUGAGGGACACAAGCUAGAGAUAUCCUGGAUCGUUGAACUCCCACUCAGCCUCAGGGGUUCCUUAUACAAAUCCUAAAUAUCUUUGCCACUCAUCAGACUAUAAAUAGAGGAAGGGUGAGCGAGUGAGUCUCAAGAUUCAAACCUAAAAUCAAAAAAUGCAUACUGCUUUAACCUUAUCAUCAUCUCCCCUUGUGCCACGUGCACCUCCCCGAAAAUUGAUCACCAGCUCUCCACCAAAUCCAACCAGGUUUGCUUCAAUCAGAUCAAAUGCUCUGGCAGUCAACUACAGCUCCACCAUCUCUGUUUUUCCAGCAGAAGCAUGUGAAACAAUUGGCGGAGAUACGUGUCUGGCAGACAUAUCCUGAAGUGAAGCUAGAAGCAGAAGCUAAGAAACCAAAGACUGUAUCAGAGGCAGUUGAGAGGGAGUAUUUGGAAUACACAGAUCCAAGGACGGUGCUGCUGGGCGAGGCUUGCGAUGUCCUCGGAGGAGAAUUCUGUAACCCCCCAUACCAGAUGGGAAUCUGCUAGAAGCCGCUUAAUAAUUUGCUGUAUACAGAUAUCAUAGAUGGAUGGAUGUAUUAAUGUGCAGUUUCUGCAUAGUCUGUGUUGAAUAUAUAUAUAUAUAUAUAUAUGUAUAAUAUAAGCAGCUUUCCUUCAUCACAUAAAUUUAUACAGCUGAGAUGGUCGUGUUAUUAUUAUCAUUACAUGACAAGAAAUUGAGGCA